AGGGUCAAGGCCAUUGGACGGCUAGCCGCUACUAUGAUAGGCAUUGUUUGUUGUGGGGCAGCAGUCGUGCUUUCUCUUCUAUGGCAGUGGUUGGACAGGCAGCUCUAUCUUCUCUUCAUUAUUAUCAUACUACAAGGGGCUGGAGGUGCAGCACUUCAGAUUGGUAUCACAACUUCUGUAGGGAUAAUGUUCAUGGGAAACAAUGAGGCUGCAUUUGCGAACUACAAAAUGUGGCAAAGUGUUGGCUCAGCGGUCACCUUCAUAUACAGUACAUUCCUUUGUAUGUACAUCAAGCUCUACAUAAUGUUGACUGUUAUCGUAGUGGGCACUGUAUGUGUGCUGGUGUUGGAGGUCAUAUAUAAGAGACAAAAGACAAGAUAAAUAUAUAAUUUUGUAUGAUCUUACCUCUUGUGCGCAGUCUUUAUAUUGAGAUCUUGCCUCAGUGAGAUCUGUUCGAGAAU